AGUGCGACCUGCUCUCUCCACACAGUGAAUGAGUCCACCGGGGGCCAGCAGUCUCUCUCCCCGUCUCUCUGUGUCUUGUCCGCGGCAGCGCCGUCGUCGUGCCCCCGCCCUGCCGGCCGGCUCCCGGCGGAUGAGAGGAUGGUCGAGUGGAGGAGCGAAUGACCGCGAGGUUAGCGGUUAUGGUCCAGCGACGACGGGACGGCCGCCUGGCGAGCGAGUGAAGGCGGCGGCGGGGACCGGAAGGUGCAACCAUGUGGCUCUAAGUCUCCAGCCGAGCCAGCGAGGAGGAGCGAGGACAUUGGCCGGAGUCGGCCAUGGGGAACACGGCCAGCAAGUUCCGCAAGGCGCUGGUGGGCGGAGACGAGGCGCUGGCCUGGCAGCUGUACGAGGGCAACCCCCAGUUCAGGGACGGCCUGGACCCCAACGCCUCGUACGGCGAGCAGUACCAGCACAACACGCCGCUGCACUACGUGUGUCGCCACGCCAUGACGCGUCUGCUCAGGUGCUUCUUGUUCAGCAAAGAGGGGAACCCCAACAAGCGUAACGUGCACAACGAGACGUGCCUGCACGUGCUGUGCCAGGGCCCGCUCAUCCUCCUGCUGCCUGAGGGGGCGCUGUCCCCGCGACUGGCCCGCCCCCAGAGGGACGAGCAGCGGCGUGCGGACAGCCUGCAGAUGAUCCUGAGCUGGACGGGGGCGCGGCUGGAGGGCGGCCAGUACGAGAAGGCCAACGUCAACGCCACCGACAACCGCCAUAGCACCUGCCUGCACUACGCCGCCGCUUCCGGCAUGAAGAGCUGCGUGGAGCUGCUCAUCCAGAGCGACGCCGACCUCUUCAUCGAGGACGACGACAAGCUGACGCCGUGCGACCACGCCGAGCGCCAUCGCCACACCGAGCUGGCCCUCAGCCUGGAGUCGCAGAUGGUUUUCUCCGCCUCGCCGGCGCCGCCCUCCGACGCCCGCGGCCCGGUCAAGCUGCCGCAGCACAAAGAGCCUUACGAGGGUCUGAAGGUCCAGGACCUCCGCAGGCUGAAGGACAUGCUCAUCGUGGAGACGGCCGACAUGCUGCAGGCACCACUCUUCACGGCCGAGGCCUUGCUCCGAGCGCACGACUGGGACAGAGAGAAGCUUCUGGAAGCCUGGAUGUCUGACGCAGAGGACUGCUGCCAGCGCUCGGGGGUCACCAUGCCCACCCCGCCCCCCAGCGGCUACAACGCCUGGGACACCCUGCCCUCACCACGCACCCCCAGGACCCCCCGAUCACCCCUCACCCUCACCUUCACCUCGCCCACGGACAGCUGCCUGACGCCGGGGGAGGAGGGCCUGGCCACGUGUGGCAUCUGCCUGUCCUCCAUCUCCGUCUUCCAGGACCCCGUGGACAUGUCCUGUGGCCACGACUUCUGCCGGGCCUGCUGGGAAGGGUUCCUAAAUGUGAAGAUUCAAGAGGGCGACGCCCACAACAUCUUCUGCCCCGCCUACGAGUGUUACCAGCUGGUGCCGGUGCACGUCAUCGAGAGUGUGGUGUCCCGGGAGAUGGACCAGCGCUACCUGCAGUUUGACAUCAAGGCCUUCGUGGAGAACAACCCUGCCAUCCGCUGGUGUCCUGCAGCGCGCUGUGAGAGGGCGGUCAGACUCAGCAGACCUGGCCCGGGAGAAAGUGACGCCCACAGCUUCCCACUGCUGCCCUCCCCCGCUGUGGACUGUGGCAAGGGUCACCUCUUCUGCUGGGAGUGUCUUGGCGAGGCCCACGAGCCAUGUGACUGUCACAUGUGGAGGAAGUGGCUCCAGAAGGUCACGGAGAUGAAGCCGGAGGAAUUGGCAGGUGUGGGCGAGGCCUACGAGGACGCGGCCAACUGUCUGUGGCUGCUGACCAACUCCAAGCCGUGUGCCAACUGCAAGUCCCCCAUCCAGAAGAACGAGGGCUGCAACCACAUGCAGUGUGCCAAGUGCAAGUACGACUUCUGCUGGAUCUGUCUGGAGGAGUGGAAGAAGCACAGCUCAUCCACGGGAGGCUACUACCGCUGCACUCGCUACGAGGUCAUCCAGCAGCUGGAGGAGCAGUCCAAGGAGAUGACUGUGGAGGCGGAGAAGAAGCACAAGAGCUUCCAGGAGUUGGAUCGCUUCAUGCACUACUACACCAGAUUCAAGAACCACGAGCACAGUUACAAGCUGGAGCAAAAACUGCUGAAGACAGCAAAGGAGAAGAUGGAGCAGCUGAGCAGAGCCUUCAUUAGCCGUGAGGGCGUGACACCUGACACAGGCUUCAUGGAGGACGGUGUGAGCGAGCUGCUGAAGACUCGGCGUGUGCUGAAGUGUUCCUACCCGUACGGCUUCUUCCUGCAGCAGGGCAGCACCCAGAAGGAGAUCUUUGAACUCAUGCAGACGGACCUGGAGAUGGUGGUGGAGGACCUGGCGCAGAAGGUGAACCGCUCCUACCUGAGGACGCCGCGCCACAAGAUGGUCAGCGCCGCUCGCCUGGUCCAGCAGAAGAGGCAGGAGUUCCUGGCCUCCGUCGCCCGCGGUGUGGCACCUAAUGACUCACCUGAGCUGCCCCGCAGGAGUUAUCCUGGAGGAUCCUGGGACUGGGAGUACUUGAACUUCACUUCCCCCGAGGCGGGGAGCCGUCACUCUCUGCCAGGACCGGGACCGGGACCGGGACCAGGAGACCCACGAGAGAGAUCAUCACAGGACUUGGCUGACAUUCAGUACCGUCGACGGCACCGGGCGCGGCGCCGGGGUGACGUGCUGAACGUGCACCACCACCUGCGGAGCAGCAGCAACACGCCAGAGAGCAGCAGGCGCAGCGACGGCAGCACAGAUGGUGCGGAGAGGAGCGAGGGCCGCAGGAGAGCGCUGGGCUCCCUGGAGGACGACGACCCCAACAUCCUGCUGGCCAUCCAGCUGUCCCUGCAGGAGGCACGGUGGGAGCGGGGCCCGGGCGUUAGGGCGGCGCUUGAGCAAAAGGACCCGGACGACGUCAACCUGCACUCUCUCAACAGCGACAGAGCCAGAGGCCCUUCCUUUCCCCCGCGCCCUCCCAACAGGACAGACUCCGCCUCCCAGCCCCUGCUGCCGUCCACCUGCCUCCCCCUUCCCCCUCCGCCUCCCCCGCUCAGCGCCGAGCUGCUGAAACUGGGAGACAGCCUUAAGACACUCGGUGCCGCGCUUUACCACCCCGGCGGCCACGCCCACGGUGCUCUCUGCCGCCCUGACGUAGGCCAUGGAGAAUAUCCUCCCGGCGAGGCCUCCCCUCAGAGUCACUGCCACACGAGCAUGCGCCCGCCCGAGGCCGAGCACACUGCCCAAAACAAACAGGAAGAAGCGGACCAGCGUCCAAAGGCACCCAACCCCCCUGCCCGCUUGUGCCUCCCUUCUCCGGAGUCGGAGUCAGAGCUGCUUCUGCUCUCUCCGGUCAUCCCACCGGGGGGCCCCUUCACCCCCAGUGACCCUGAGAGUCUGGAGCCCCUGGACCCCACAGCCAGCGCCCAGCUGCUGGACAACAUCAUGGCCUGGUUCAACCACAACAUCACCCCCCAGAACAACCCCCAGAGCCUGGCACUCAUCCCCUCGCCGCCCACCACCGAAACAGACUCCUCCCCAGACACACUCACCGAGAGCCUGGCCUCAAGGAGCGCCGCCCUGGCCCAGCAGCCCCCGGAGGGCGUGCCCUCGGAGGACUCCUGUCUCAGCAGACCCAGCACCCUGGAGUUGGACAGCGGAACGCCCCGCGGGGCCACGCGGGAGGACGAGGCAGCGGCGGGCGACAGGUGUGUGGCGGGAACGUCACCGCAACACAGGGACAAUCUCACGCCCUCACCACCGGCCUCGGAAAGAGACUUGGACCUGGUGCUCCAGUCGGAGGAGGACCAGUCGCCUGUGGAAUGGGAGGAGGAAAUCCACUUGGUACCAGUGGUUCCUGUUCCAGACCACUGGUUCCUGUUCCAGACCAAUGGUUCCUGUUCCAGACCAGUGGUUCCUAUUCCAGACCACUGCUUCCUGUUCCAGACCAGUGGUUCCUGUUCCAGACCACUGGUUCCUGUUCCAGACCACUGGUUCCUGUUCCAGACCACUGCUUCCUGUUCCAGACCAGUGGUUCCUGUUCCAGACCAGUGGUUCCUGUUCCAGACCAGUGGUUCCUGUUCCAGACCAGUGGUUCCUGUUCCAGACCAGUGGUUCCUGUUCCAGACCACUGGUUCCUGUUCCAGACCACUGGUUCCUGUUCCAGACCAGGGGUGUCCAAACAUGCUAAAUACAACAUAGGUCAAUCAAUACAUGCUAAUGUACGCCACUUUGCCCUAAAUGGCGCAUUUUCCAGCAUAAAAAUGUCUAAAUGAGGUGAAAAUAGUAAGCUGAUGUUAGCAUGCUAAUUUUAACAUGCUAACGUUAACAUGCUAACUUUAUUUAUCCAAUUUUACAGCUGAACACCUCAGAGGCAUAUGACUUGGAGCUUGACACAUGUUAACUGUUAGCAUGUUAACAUUAGCAUUCUAGCAUGCUAACUAGUUUAGCCAAUUUUACAUUCAAACACCAAAGCGUUAUAUAACUUGGUACUUAACACAUUCAAACUGUGAACAUGCUAAAGUUAACAUGUUAGGGUUAUUACAUUACAUUUUUAGCCAAUUUUACUGCCAUACACCUAAGUUAUAUAACUUGAUGCUUGACACAUUCAAACUGUUAGCAUGCUAAAAUGCUAACAUUAGCAUGCUAACUUUUGCCAACCAAUUUUACACCCGAACACCUCAAUUUCACAUGAUUUUGAACCUGACACGUUAACUGCUAGCAUGCUAACUUUCUUUUAGCCAUGAGACUUGGCACUUGACACAUGCUAACUGUUAGCAUUUCAACAUUAGCAUUCUAGCACGAUCAUUUUUUUUAGCCAACUUUGCAGGCUAAUACCUCAAUUUCACAUAACUUCGAACUUGAUCUAUGCUAACUGUUAGCGUGUGAGAAGGCUAACAUUAG